AUGGCCCACAACAAAGAUCACGUGCUUCAAAAGAGCAUUCAAAAUGCGUGGCUGACCAUCUUGUCCUCGAUAGCCGUGAGGAUCUUCACCUUUGGCAUCAAUGCCUAUGUGCUUCGGCACCAGAGAAGCGAAAUCCUUGGUCUUGGCGUGAGAUUGUUACUGCUUUUCGAUACCUUAUUGUUCCUGAGUCGAGAGGCAUUUCGCAAGGCGUGUCUAACCCGCCCAAAAAACGGACAUUGGCGGGGCAUCAUUAAUCUAACCUGGCUGUCCGUGCCAUUGGGGUGUAUCCUGUCCCUUGUGCUCGGCUACACUUGGAUCUAUGUACUAGAAUUGCCGCAAUGGGCCCUGGUGAACUCGUACGUCAAGUGUGUCUAUCUGACUUGUGCCAGUGUGAUUAUCACACUAUGUUCAGAACCGUUCUUCAUCGUUGGACAAGCUUACAUGCAUAUCAAGUUCCGCAGUGCCGUCGAUCUUUUUUGGGGUUGUGCCACGCCCUUUGUCCAAGGAUUGGUCAUUACAUUUAUUUCGAAAGAUGAGGAUCGUCUAUUGUGGAUUGGAUUGGCCUCGAUCCUGGUGAGCUCCGUGUUCUUAGCAAGUCAUUUGGUGUACUUUUCGUAUGUGAUACAACAAGAUGAUGGAGACGAAAUGCCAUUUCGAUCCAUGAGAGAGUUUCUUCCGGAUGUCUCGCGGUUCAAUGUCGAUCAUUCGCGAUUGACUCUUUCCAGUAGCUUCUUCAAACAAGGUUUCUUCAAACAAUUCCUCACGGAAGGCGAGAAGUACGUGUUCACCUGGUUUAGUUUGAUGACCUUGUCCGAACAGGGUAUUUAUGAUGUCAUUGCCAAUCUUGGAUCGAUCCCGGCCAGACUGUUUUUCGUCAAACUGGAAGAGAGUGCUCAUUUGUACUUCAGUCAGACGGUGAGUCGAAAACUCAAGGCUGAAAUGCCCCAAGAAGAGGCUCCUUCCCGGCAUCUCAAUCUUUUGCUCAAAGGUCUAAUCCUCCUUGGAAUGGUGAUUGUGACCUUUGGCAUGUCGUAUUCGCAUUUGCUCCUUCAUCUCUAUGGAGGUACUUUAUUGAGUGACGGCCUUGGACCCAUUUUACUUCGAAGUCACUGUUUUUAUAUUAUUUUCCUGGCCUUGAACGGAAUCAGCGAAUGCUACGCCUUCAAUGUGAUGAGUGCCGAAUCAGUGUCAACGUAUAACUACUGGAUGGCAGUGAUGUCCGUGAUUUUCUUGAGCUGUGCGUGGGGAUUCGCUAAUAUGUUCGGCCCAGUUGGCUUCAUUCUGGCGAAUAUGUGCAACUUAAGCAUGAGAAUUGUCCAUAACUUCAGAGUGAUACAUCGGCGUCAUGUAGGAACAAAGGUAAAUCCCUUAAAAGACUUGGUUCCUAAAGGGAAGGUGCUCCUAACUCUAUUUGCAUCGGGUGCAAUUUGCCAAAUAUCAGAACAUUUCAUAUACAAGCCAACUGUAAAGGAGUCCGUUAUUCAUUUAACGGUCGGGAUUAUGUUAUUCUUCCUUACACUCUUCGUCAUCGUCAUGUCUGACAAGGAUUGGAGGGCCUUAAUUCAAGCAAAAUUAAUAAAGAAAGAUCAAUAAUCUAAACUGCAUCGGGAUUUGUCAAAUUUUAUUCUAGCCUUGUAUGGCAACACGUGUGAGCUCAAUAAACCACAGAAAAUCAAGGA